CGACGAAAUUCCGAAACCAGAUGACCGUUUUCAGUCCUACGAUUCCCUUUAGAAUUUUACUUCCGGUCGUUUUGUUUACAAACGAAUUUCUGACUCUUCUUAUUUAUUUUAUGUUCAUAACUACACUAGAAACAUCACACAGAUAAUGAUGCUGCUGACAGAAUACUUAUUAUAUUCAUUGGGUAUGAUGGCCACAUCCUUGACUGCUGCCUCACUUCUUAUUUACAUGAAAAGACCUGAAAUGUUUGUACAGGGAUAUAUGAAGUUGGCAGUGUUAGUCAGUGGCAUGAGGAUUAAGAAGGUCAACAUUGGUGAUAUGACAAUAGCAUAUGGUGAAAGAGGAGAAAAGAACAAAGGACAGUCAAGCAUCUUACUGCUUCAUGGAUUCUCAGCUGAUAAAUUUAUGUGGUCUCCUGUUGUUGGGAAGUUGCCAAAUGACUUACAUGUAAUAGCUAUGGAUCUACCUGGACAUGGGGACAGUGAUGUUCCUCCUGACAAUGAAGAUCUCUCAUUUUAUUCACAAAUAGAAAGAAUAAAACAGUUUGUAGUGGCUAUUGGUCUUGACAGUGACCCAAUCCAUAUAGUUGGACUGUCCAUGGGUGGUGCAUUAGCUGGUGUAUUUUCUGCUGAGUAUCCUCAUCUGGUGGACAGAGUAACUAUGAUGUGUCCUGCAAUGAGGACACCCAUUGAAACAGAUGUAGCAGUGAAAAUUCGUGAGAUUGUGCAAUCCAUUCUUGAUACUGGAAAAGAUGAUGCUUUACAUGCCUGUCCAUUGAUACCUAAAACACCAGAUGAAAUGCAGUUAUUAUUAGAUUUUGCACAAUUCCAUAAACCUAUGUUCAUGCCAAAACAGAUUAUACAGGGAGCAGUAGAUAUGAGAAGACCAUACAACAAAUAUUAUUACAGAUUGUUUAAAGCCUUAGCUAUGUUAGAAAACAGCCAGUUAUUAGAAAAGAUAUCUGACACCAUUACAGUUCCAACACAUCUUGUCUGGGGAGAAGAAGAUCAGGUGAUACAUGUAUCAGGAGCAGAAAUAUUAAAAGGAAAACUUCCCAAUCUACAACAAGUAGACAUUAUACCAAGGUGUGGUCAUGCUAUAAACCUUGACAGACCUGGUGCCAAAACUAAAAGUCUCCUAGAGUUCAGGAAGAAAUCGAUAACAGUCCAGUCAUGAUGAAGAGAUUAUUUUUUUUAUAUAAACCAAUGAUGAAGAGAUAGAAAGUUUUUUUAUGUAACCGAUUCUGUGAUAGAAAAAUGUUCAAAGUACCGUAUUUUUUAUUUUUAUAAACUGGUCAUUUUAAAUUUAGCAUGAUAGGUAUUCCAGUGAUUGUAUUUGUUAUUGUGUUCAGAUGAAAACUAUGAUAAACAAAUUUUUAUGUUUCUGCAUUCCAUAGGUUGUAUAACUCCUGUCAUGGCUACAAGUAACAGAAAAAACCUCCAAAUUACAAAUGUAGGCUGUAGUUGUUAAUAUUUAAGGUUUUGGUUAACGUUUCAGGAAAAGGUAGUUUUUGAUGAAGUUGAAGAGUAAUCUACUUGAAAGUUCAAACUUAGUACACAUGUUCCCUAUGAUAUGAUCUUAUUAAUUUUAAUGCUGAAUUAGAAUUUUGAUGCCAUUUUCAUGGUGUACUGAACAUAGAAAAUGAUAGUUAAAGUGGGCAUCUGUGUACUAUGGACACCUUCUUGUUAUUUCCUCCUGUGGAGGAUUAUUGUAUUUUACUUGUUAAGAUAAAACCACACAAUUUUAAAACCUAACUUAAAGUGGAAAUUUUUAUUGCAUUGUAAAAACCAUUAUGUUAUAUCCUGAAAAAUAGUUAAUCUUAGCCAGGAUUUUUGUUUUAAUAUAGUUCAUAUUAUAUAAUAUUUUCUGUAACAGGGGUUCAGUGUAAACUCUACCAUGCUUUAAUCAAAGUAUUGUUAAUCUUAUUUGAACUAUAAAUGGAUUCAUGACCACCCAAAAACCAAGAUCCAUGCAUUCUUUACAAAAUCCAAAUGAUGUUUUAACAGUAAGCAGACAGUUUAUAUUGAAAUGAAAAAUAUAUUUGUGUCAGCAGUUUUUAUUAUUAGCACAAUUUUUUUAUCUACAUGAUUUCAGUAUCAAUAUUGUCUAGUCAGUACUGCUAUAUAUUUUUAUGAAUACUUGUGUAAUGUGCAUACACUAAAGUGAAAGUGGUUUUUGUUUUUAUUGACAAUGUCUUAUUUUUUGCUUCCUGAUCUUUCAUUUUUAUUGUCCGCCAAUGCCAAAAUCUGUUUGUCCAUUUAGAUUUUAAUGUACAUGUUCAUGUUCAUUAAUCUAAUUAUAAAUGUAUGCAUGUUGCUUUAAUCUAAAAAUGAGUUAUGUUUCUAUAUUAUAAACUUAAUGAAUAAUUUUUGAAGCAUGUAGUUUAUGUAAUACUCAACCAUUUACUAGCCAUAAUGUUUUAGAAUUAUUAAAUUUAAGGGGUAUGCAUGGAAAGAUUGAAGAGAAUUCUAUAGUUGUCAUAAAUCAUUUCAAUUUUUACAAGAAAAUAAUUCAAAAUAUCAAAAUGAAAUAAUCAUAUAAAAAUCAACAAAUAUAUUCAAUUCAUCCCCUUUAGUAAAUUGAAGCCAAUUAAAAUGAGUAUAUUUAUUAUGUAGGUUUUAAAAAUUGAAGUUAUAUUCUAAUUUGUCAGCUCAAACGAAUAUAAAUUAUUUAAUAAAUAACAAAGCACAUAAAUAGGUUAAGUGUGUCUACAGGUGUUACAGCCUUUAAUCUUCUGCUGUUGUAUUUUUCUUUGGUCAGGUUGUUGUCUCUUUGACACAUUCCCCAUUUCCAUUCUCAAUUUUAUUUAAUAUUAAUAACAUUCAACAUGAUUUUCAAACUAUAGUCCUUCACUUUAAAUUCAUGCACACUACCAAUCCAAUCAUACAAUAGCACAGUAAUAUACAGUAACCUAAUCAAAAACCAUCUACAAAAGAGGAAAAAUUCACAUUAACGAUAACCAUCUCAUAAAAGGGUGGGUGGGUUGGUAAACAUAUUAGUGAACUGAUGCUACAUUUAACUAUAGGCAAACUUUGAAUAACUUUAAUUUCUCAAACUUACCCCUUAAGUAAUACUUAAUCAUGCUUUUCACAAAAAUCAUGAGUGCAUAUACCCGUAAAACUUGUAUAGAGGGUAUAUGCCAUCCAAUCAAAUUGAACAUAAACACACACCAUGUGCUUGAUAUAAACACACACACAUGUUUAUAGUAAACAAUCACUUGACCUUUACUACAUCAUGUGACCAAUACCUUUAAUAAAUAUAUUUAUUGAGAAUAAAGUAUUUAAUUUUAGGUACUUUGUAUUUUGUAUUUUUAUAUUUUUUUGUCAAAUGGUUUUUAAAUUUAUGUUUAGAGUCAUUAGAAGGCAAUAAAUGUUUAAAUGGGUACAAACAAAAAUAUUGAACAUUUAUGUACUCGAAUAAAAGUUGACAAUCAGAAUAAUUUUUUUCUCCAAAAUGACAUUUCUCUUUUUGCAUACUAUGGUAGCUAGCAGUUAUUGUCUGAGGCUUUUCUGGGUGAUUUGUUUGAAAAGUCCAUGAUGACAAGAUAUUGACUGAGGCUUUUCUGGUUUAUCUGUUUCAAAAGUGCAUGACGACAAUGGAAACAAUCUCAUUUCCGUUUUGAUUUUUAAAGCAAAAGAAGACAUUCAAAGUAAAGAAAAGAUUUCUUAUUGGUAUGCUGAAUGUAUUACUUCCUUGAUGGAAAUCAUUAGGUAGUUUUGAUUUCAUUUUUGGGUAAAACUUACUUGAAAUGCAAGAAAAACUCUAUGGCACUGUCUUGAUAUCUAUAUCCUCCACAGUUAAUCACUAACUUUGAUUGUUUAAACAAAACUAAAAAAAAAAAUAUUUGAUCCUAUCCAGGUAAAGUCAUGCAAUAUAUUGAUGAAUAAAUGUUAUACUUUAAUACUUUAGUAACAAUGAUAUGUAUAUGAUUUUUUUAUUAGAAAUUAUAUAAAAAAAUGCAUUGUAUAUAGAUAUAGGAAGAUGUGGCGUGAGUGCCAAUGAGACAACUCUCCAUCCAAAUAACAAUUGGAAAAAGUAAACCGUUGUGUAUGAAUUUGUUACAAAACAAUUUCUAACUUUAAAUGUACAGUCAUAAACAAAGGAAUAAAAAUAUAGCUCAAAUUUUAUAUUUGCCAAGCAAAAUACAAUUUGAUGUAAUAUUUAAAAAAAUUACAAAAUUGCAAAAUGGAGUCUCAUAAGCAUUUUGAUUUUUUAUAUAUUUAAUGUGUUGUCUUUCUAAAGAUUGUAAGAUUGUGAGAAAGGUUUCAUUGAAUAUGUUUUUUGCCAAGAAGUUGCUUUUAUCACAAGUCCAAUUUGAUGAUGUUUUAUUUUUUCUAGAUUUAUUUAAUAUUUUUUCUAGCACAAAUCCACGUAUUUCAAGCUGUUGUAAAUGCUCCAUAUUUUAAUACUUAUUGAAUUUAUGAUGGUGUGAUUUUUGUUUUUAUUGAAAUUACAGAAUGGCACUAUGUCAUCUUUUACAUCUUAAACUUAUUGCUGUUUGCAUGUUCAUUUUUUAUUGCAUUCAGUGUUUUAACUAUUGUCAAAAUAGAUGUAAAAAUUUAAAUACCAGGACUUAUUUGAGGUGUACAAAUAAUCACCAGUCAUUUGGUGUUUUUUUUAUCUUAUUUUAAAAAAGAGUUAUAUGAAAGGUCCAAGCUUUAGUUUUUCCUCUUCAUUGAUUUUCUUACCUGUCUUCUGUUAAAAUCCUUUCUGUUUGUAAGUUUAAAAUAUAAUUUCAUUCUAUAAAUAAUAUAUUGUUUUUUAAAUCAUGUUAUUUUAUCUCAUCCUUCAAAAUCUACCAGUCUUUCAAAUUCUUUUUUACUGAUAUAAUGUCUUUCUUUUGUUAUGUAUAUUUCGUAUUGUUUGUAUAUGCUCAGGAAUUAAAUCUUGCCUCUCUAAUACAUUGAAAUGUAAUAAAUAUACAAAAAUCAAAA